AAAAAUUAUAAAACAAAUUUUGGAGUUGAUUUAUUGUAAUAAAAAUUAUCUGAUUAUCAAAACUGAUUAUUUAUUUUCUCCAAUCAAUUAACAUUUUAGACAGUGCAACAAAAACAGUGAAAUAAAGAAGCUCUUCGAGUAAAAAGCUCAAAUAUUAAAUACGUAAAUAUAUCACAAACGAUCAAAACAAAACCGUUAAAUGCAGUCCACAUUCUCUCGGAUUAACAUCAUAAUAUUUUUGGUGUUGGUUGUGACAUUGAUGGUAGCUCAUCCAACAAGCAGCCAAUCAGAUAUUUUUCAGUAUGGAGACAAACGACAGGACUUGAGCGGCCCUAUGCAUAGAUAUUGUGGAAAACAACUGUCCAAUGCUCUUCAAAUACUUUGCAAUGGUGUUUAUAAUUCAAUGUUCAAGAAGAGUGACCAAGAAAUGGAAAUAGAUGCUGACUACCCAUAUCCAUAUGAUUAUCCAUUGAGAUCAAGAGCAAGUGCAAAUGCAAUGUGGGGUCGUUUCGGUGGUGUAAGAUUCCGUCGAGAAUCACGUGGUGUUCACGAUGAAUGUUGUGUUAAGUCGUGUUCACUGCAAGAGUUGAUGAGCUACUGCGGAAACUAGAAGUGCGUUAAAAAAAUGCUGCCGAAUAAACUCAUCACGUAAUUGAAUCGUUACAAUUGAAUAUGGUUGUUUUACUCUCGUCGUCCUCGUUGUUGUAUAUUAUUAAAUAAUAUUAUCAUUAUUAUAAUUUAUCGAAAACAUUGAUAUACAAUUAUUUUUCAACUAUAAUUAUCAUUAUACUACUGUCGAUAUUAACAUUAAUCAAAGUCACCCAUAAAUGAUAAAUAGAUCUCAAUUAUAUAAUAAAAAAAAACAGUGUUUUUUUAUUAAGUCUAAAAUAAGUUUGUAUGUAGCUAGUCUUUUGGCUCCAUCCUGCUAUUUUUUUACUGUUUUAUUUUUUUUUUUUU